UUUGUUCCAUGAUCUAUGUGUCUACUGGAGCUACCCACUUCGAUCAAUUAGCCAAGAUUUUGACCGGAUACGAAAUCACUGGUGCUCGAUCUAGUGGUAUUUUUAUGGGGAUUCUUUUUAUCGCUGUAGGAUUCCUAUUCAAGAUUACUGCAGUUCCUUUUCAUAUGUGGGCACCUGAUAUCUAUGAGGGUUCACCCACCCCGGUGACAGCAUUCCUUUGUAUUGCGCCUAAAAUCUCUAUUUCUGCAAAUAUGUCACGUGUUUCUAUUGUUGCUUCCUAUGGGGGUACAUUAAGACAAAUCUUCUUUUUCUGCAGCAUUGCUUCUAUGAUCUUAGGAGCACUGGCCGCCAUGGCCCAAACGAAAGUCAAAAGACCUCUAGCUCAUAGUUCGAUUGGACAUGUAGGUUAUAUUCGUACUGGUUUCUCAUGUGGAACCAUAGAAGGAAUUCAAUCACUACUAAUUGGUAUAUUUAUUUAUGCAUCAAUGACGAUAGAUGCAUUCGCCAUAGUUCCAGCAUUACGGCAAACCCGUGUCAAAUAUAUAGCGGAUUUGGGCGCUCUAGCCAAAACGAAUCCUAUUUCGGCUAUGACCUUCUCCAUUACAAUGUUCUCAUACGCAGGAAUACCCCCGUUAGCCGGCUUUUGUAGCAAAUUCUAUUUGUUCUUCACCGCUUUGGGUUGUGGGGCUUACUUCCUAGCCCCAGUGGGAGUAGUGACUAGCGUUAUAGGUCGUUGGGCGGCCGGAAGGUUGCCAUGAGUAAGGUUGGGAGACCGAAGGCAGUUUUCCGUGCACCGGACACGUAGCUUACCGAAUCAGUUGCAACACAGAUGGGAAUGCAUGCUACGAAAGACAGGGUCGAGUCUGAUACAUCAACCGUCGACUCCAUAUCCUUGUACGAGUCCACAAUCACUACACGAGAUGAACCUGGGUUUGGUGAAUGGAAGUUGGCCUUAGGUGUAAUAGGACUCCCAGUUACUGCGCGCGAUCGUAUACUGAGGUGCUCCCCGUCGGUUGUUGGAACGACGCGAGCCGGGCCGGGCCUCGAUUCCUUUCAAAAAGAUGAAGGGACAGAGGUGACUAAUUCCCCAUCUCAUUUGGGGCGGAAAACGAAUCGACAUCUCGAUGUGAUACAGCCCUUUCCAUUUUCGUUGAGAAAGAACGGCGAAGUCCAUCCGAACCCUCCAAUGAAGAAAUAAGAGGAGAGCAAAGCGCCAAUGGCGCGCGAAGCGCAUGCGGAAGGGGCAC